GAAAAGCAUAAACAUUACGAAGCCUGUCAACUCGCGUAUUCAUUGAAUGAAUUUCAGUCUAGUUUUAACUUUUUAACGAUUAUUACCUAGUAAAAAUUGUCCAUCUGAUUCCUUCAUGUGAUUAAUGGAUUUAAAAUAAAGCUUUAAUAAGUGAAAGUACCGCAAAAUUAAUAAAUUAUGACUGAAAAUGUUGAUGCAGAAGUAAUAAAGAGGACACAGGAUGCGCUCGGAAAAUAUGUUAAGAAACCUCCAUUGACGGAUAAGUUGUUAAGAAAGCCACCAUUUAAAUUUAUUUUGGAUAUUGUAAAAGCUGUGAUUCGAGACACUCAUUUCCUAGAAGACCUAUAUACCGAUGACGAGUUGAAUGCCGAAAAGGAUCGUGAUGGGAAAAUGAAAUUUCUUCAAAAAUUAAUCGAUGUCAUUAAAAUUGUGACUCAACAAGACUUUCAAAUCAAAACUUCAAAAGUUGUGGCCGGUCUCGAGGCUGACAAGACAAAUGAAUUAUUUCAAGCACUAGCUUAUGCUAUUGACAAUAAAUUGGAUAGCAAAGAAGCUGUUACGGCUGUAAAGAAUGGAGCAAUAAUUCAAAUGAAAGGAAAGCCGGCAAAAGGUGAUCAAAAAUCCACAAGACAGACUGCACAGAAAACGAGCAAUAAAACAAAAGAACUACCGCCAUCGCGAGACCGAACACCAGCAAAACCCGAGCAGAAGAAGACACUUGCGUCACAGAGGUCAAUCGACAAGAAAACGACUACAAAUGUGAAGGAAAAAGAAAAAGCUGCGACGAAAGAAAAAGUUUCGUCCAAAACAAAAACGAUUAAUGAUAAAAAUGAGACCAAAAAGCUGAGGAAAACCCCAUCGAAGGAACUAGAAGUUCAGAAGGUUGAUGAAAAGAUUAUUACAAAUGGAAGUUUAGAUAGCCACAAAGAAAAUUCAAUAACACCACCUAGACAAAACUCACAAGAGAAAAAUGAGGAACCAAACUUAGUGAUUGAAAAUAAUCAGCAAGAACAAGCAGAAGAAGAAAAGAAGGAAGCAGAAGAACCGAAAUUGAAUGGAGAUAUAAAUCACAAUGUUGAGCAUCAUCUUGUAAAUAAUAGUCAUGCAUUUGAGAUUGAAAAGGAACCAGAAAAUACAAAGCCACAAGAUGAACUUGCUGCAAUUAUUGAUGAGGAAGCUGAAUUUCGGCGGAAAGAGAAAACAUCAAAGAGACUUUCAUCAAGGCAUCGACAAAAGUCUGUAGAGAAUGAAAGUCAAGACAACAAAGCUGAAGUUCAUCAGCCACUACAGGAAGUAAAUCAUCAAAAACCUCAGUCUCUAGCACCACAAGCUGAUAAAAUUGAAAGAUUUCAAUCAAAUUAUAAACGAGAGUCAUUGGAUAGACCUAGAACAUCUCUGCGACCACCAUCAGCCAGACCAGCAAGUAGUCGACCAGCAGCUCCAAGAAGACGUGACAAAAACAUUGAAAUAGUUCUACAACCAGAAGAAAAUGUUCAGCUAGGAAACAUUCAAGUCAAGAUGGAAAAUUUCUCAAAGGAGCUGGAAGAUGAUGGCGAGAAUCUUGUGAUAAUUGAGGAUCCAAGUGCUUCGAAUGAUGAGACAAACUUUAUCAAUGAAAGAAUGACCAAAAAUGUCAGCAUUGACUCUAGUGACACAGUUCAAAACGAUCAUGGACAUUUAGUGCAACAGAUACUUGAGACCGAGAAGAAUUUCGAGGGUGCAUUGGGGAUGGAUGGAAGUGAGCAGAACAAGAAAACUGAGAUAGAAUUCGACGAGACACGGAAUCAAUCAAACUUAAAGCAAAUUGAGAACCUUAAAGAUCUUAUACAAAAGCUAGUGAGAUCCCUCAAUCCACUAGGAAAAUUAAUGGACUAUGUUCAAGAAGAUAUCGAUUCAAUGCAACGAGAGUAUGGUAAAUGGAAUGAAAUAUACAAACAGGCAGCCAUCGAUUUAAAACGUGAGCAAAGUGAAACGCAAGCAGCAAUUGAGCCAUUGAGAUUUCAAUUAAAUCAACUCGAAAAAUCCAUCGCAGAACAUCAUCAGCUAAUUGAUCAGUUGCGUGGAAAUCUAAUGAUGAGCGAGAAUAAAAUAAAUAAAAUUUUUACCGAUGUGUAAUUAGGGAUUGUAUAUUAAUGGACGAAAUAAAGAAGAAAAAUUUUGUUUCAUAAUUCAUCAUAUCUAUCAAUGAAAUUCUAUUUUGUGUAAGUUGAAUUUUCUGUAACCGUUUUUAAAAACUCAAAUAAAUAGUGAUGCUGGGUUAUAAGUCCAGAGAUUAUAAGUCCAGAAAAUCAAAGUCAAUAAAGGUUUAUAAGUCCAGAUACAAAUUGCACCUGGACUUAUAAUCCUUGAAAAUUAUUUGUGAAACUAUUUCAAUUUUUUUUUCUUUAUUAAUUAUGAAAAAUUAUGCAUUUGACAAUAGGCGAUUCCAGUAGGGUAAAUUGCAAAAAUUUUGACUUCGAAUGAA